CUGGAGAGCUGGUGGAGGGGAGAAGGCUGCCUCAUGCCUCCGGGGUUUACUGGGAAUUAAUAAUCUGACGUCCACCGGACUCCGUCGGUUCCGGAAGAGGGAAUUAUAACUCAACAAAAUGCAUCUUUCUGGGAUUUGGAUGCUGAUGGCGGCUCUGCAGGUUGUUCUGGGUGGAGGUGGAGAGGCCGAGCACUCGUUGUCAAGCAAGCAGGGGUCGUUGCCAUGCACGAGGGGCUUUACUCAGGAAGAAUACAUCAUCGAAACGGACCAAGAGUUGGCAAAGGGGCAGGCUGUCUUCAACGUGAGCUUCAUGAACUGUGGCAGAGGGAAGGUGUGGCUCCAGGUUGGAGAUUCGUCAGAUUUCAGGGUGAGUGAGGACGGUGUGGUCUACACGCUGCGCCGCCUCAGCCUAGCGGGAAAGCGAGAAGCUCUGGAGGUGGUCUACGCACGAGACCUGCAGUCCAAACAGGUCUGGAAGACCAGAGUGCACCUCCACGUCCAUCCAAAGGGUCACAGCGCAGGACCUGAACAGGUAAAGCCCAGUGAUGCAGCACUGACUCAGCGGGUACCAGAGAUCUUGUUUCCAUGGCGCAGCGUGGUUGUCAGGGGUGAUGGCACUCUGAGGCGAGUGAAGAGGGACUGGGUCAUUCCGCCUAUCAACGUCCCUGAGAACUCACGAGGACAGUUCCCCGAGGACCUAGUCAGAAUCCGCUCAGACCGGGAUAAGAACCGGAUGCUGCGCUACAGUGUGACGGGCCCCGGGGCCGACCAGCCUCCGACUGGCAUCUUCAUCAUCAACCCAAUCUCAGGCCAGCUGUCUGUCACCAAACCUCUGGACAGAGAGCACAUCUCCAACUUCCAUCUGCGAGCCCACGCGGUGGACCUGAAUGGGAAUCAGGUGGAGAACCCCAUCGACAUUGUCAUUAAUGUCAUCGACCAGAACGACAACAGACCAGAGUUCACACACACCAUCUUUAACGGCUCUGUACCGGAGGGAUCCAAGCCUGGCUCCUUUGUGAUGACAGUGACAUCAGUAGACAAGGAUGAUCCAAAAACUGCCAAUGGGAUGCUGCGAUAUAAGAUCCUCUCUCAGAAUCCCCAGAGCCCCUCCUCCAAUAUGUUCACCAUUAACAACAAGACUGGUGACAUCAUCACUGUGGCAGCGGGCCUCGAUCGGGAGAAAGUCACCCAGUACACCCUGAUCAUCCAGGCCACAGACAUGGAGGGAAACCCCACCUACGGCCUGUCCAACACUGCCACCACUGUUAUCAGGAUAACUGACGUCAAUGACAAUCCACCUGAAUUCACCACCGACACAUUCUUUGGGGAGGUUCAUGAGAACAGGGUGAAUGUGAUUGUUGCUAACCUGACCGUGACGGAUAAAGAUCAGCCUCACACUUCAGCCUGGAGCGCUGUGUACCGCAUCAUCGCUGGAGACCCCACCGGACGCUUCUCCAUCCCCACUGACCCCACCACCAACGAAGGCCUGCUCACUGUGGUCAAGCCCAUAGAUUUUGAGCUGACCCGCUCCUUCAUGCUGACGGUGGAGGCAGAGAAUGAAGUCCCACUGGCCCGAGGCAUCCAUCUUCCUCGUCAGUCCACAGCAACCGUCUCCUUACGGAUCCUGGAUGUCAACGAGAGCCCAGAGUUCAGCCCCAAUCCUAAGUCUAUCAAGCUGGAGGAGGGUCUACCUGCAGGUUCUCUCCUGACCACCUUCACUGCCCAGGACCCAGACCGCUUCAUGAGACAAACAGUGCGGUACUCCAAGAUAUACGACCCUGCUAACUGGCUGGAGAUUGACUCGGUUAACGGACGGAUUUCCACCAUCGCCAUCCUCGACAGAGAGUCUCCAUACGUCAAGAACAACCUCUACAACGUUACCUUCAUGGCUUCUGAUAACGGUAUCCCGGUGGCCAGUGGGACAGGCACCCUUCAGAUAUACCUGCUGGACAUAAAUGACAACGCGCCUCACGUGUUUCCUCCUGAGGUUGAAAUGUGCGAGAGGCCGGAUCCCAACGCCAUCAACAUCACUGCCAGCGACCCCGACCUGACCCCUAACGCUGGACCUUUCGCCUUCGAGCUAGCCAGUCGUCCAUCAGACGUACGUCGCAACUGGACCCUCAAUCGCCUCAACGGAGAGUUAACCCAGCUCAGACUGAGGAUCGGCUCCCUGGCCAGUGGGAUCUACGAGGUUCCCAUCAUGAUCACAGACUCUGGCAACCUGCCCAUGUCCAACACGUCCUACCUGAGAGUCAAGGUCUGCCAAUGUGAUCACCAUGGAGACUGUGUGGACAUGGAGAGAAUCAUCGCUGCUGGACUGGGCACCGGAGCCAUCAUCGCCAUCCUCAUCUGCAUCAUCAUACUGUUAGUGUUGGUGCUGCUGUUUGUGAUGUGGAUGAAGAGGAGGGACAAGGAGCGUCAGGCCAAGCAGCUCCUCAUCGACCCGGAGGACGACGUCAGAGACAACAUCCUGAAAUAUGACGAGGAGGGAGGAGGAGAGGAGGACCAGGACUAUGAUCUGAGUCAGCUGCAGCAGCCUGAUGCCCUGGAGCCAGAGUGUGUCAAGGUGGGGAUCAGGCGUAUGGAUGAGAGGCCUCUGCACCAUGACCACCAGUACCCCCUCCGAUCUGCUGCCCCCCACCCAGGAGACAUAGGAGACUUCAUCCACGAGGGCCUGAAGGCGGCAGACAACGACCCCACUGCUCCUCCUUACGACUCCCUGCUGGUGUUUGACUAUGAGGGCAGCGGCUCCACUGCCGGCUCCCUCAGCUCCCUGCACUCCUCCUCAAGCUGCGGAGACCAGGACUAUGACUACCUCGGCGACUGGGGGCCACGUUUCCGCAAACUGGCCGAUCUGUACGGCGGAGGGGACGAUUAGCACCCUGAAACCCACAUACAACCACCUUCCCCACCCCACCCUUGCUCUGGUGAAGUGGUUGGGACUGAGGAAUGAUGAUGUGGGGUAAACACGGGGUAUGGACCGGCACUUCUGUAUCACCACAGGACAGCUUGUAAAGAGACUUGCUGCCCGUUUGACAACCGUUGAUGACACUAGGGACCAUUCUGACUCCUGGCCUAGCAAUUCAGGCUAAUGGACAUUAUUAUCUGAGAGUUAGCACCUGUGCUAACAGAUACGAGCAUCCAGAACAGUGUGCUCGGAGGGGAUGUUGUCUCUAUGAUGGUAAAGAGCUACAACAGCCAUGCUACAGACGCUCAUUUACACUUGAAUCUCACAGUACAGAAGCACUGGGGUCAAAUGUGCCUUUUUGUACAUUCUUUUGAUUGUGUUCAGUCUUGAUUCUCUACGUUGCUUUAAAGCUCCUGGUGUUUUGCAACCGCAACUGGGAGGAGCACUUCGACAUGAUGAUGAUGAGUGUGUGUGUGUGAGUGUGUGUGUGUGUGUGUGUGUGUGUGUGUGUGUGUGUGUGUGUAUGUGUGUGUGUGUGUUUGAGAGUGUGAGAGUCAUUUCCACAGAGACACACUGGAUGGACACUCUAAAGGGCAAAGCCUAUUAUGAGAUGCCUUGGACGAUCUUUCCAGCAAAAACAUGGCUUUACUCUACAGCUCUGGGUGUUAAAAGUUUCCACCUGAUAUAGCCAGAUCAUUGUCAUUCCAUAAACAAGUCUAUAGCGCGCCCAUUUCACUACAUUGCUCUGGUAUUAAUGUGACUUGACUUCUCAUAUUAACAAAGCCGGCCGAGAUCAGAAGUUUUAAUUUCCUCUCUACUCCCACACUGAUUUUUUUUUUUCUCUGAAAUGUCUGCAGAGAUUUGAUUGAAUUGGUGCACAGAUUGGCUGCCUCCCCUGGCUUUCAACACUUUUUAGAUAAUUGAGGACAUUUAGUGCGACAAUGAAUUCCAAUAACUUUGUUUGUGAAUGUUGGAGUCAGUUUUUAAAAGCAGAAAAUGUUUAUUUGUAAUGCAGUUUAAAUAGUGUGGUUGCUGCACUCUCAUAAAUGGGAAUUUUAAAUUGGAUGUAGUUUGACAAGUUUAAGAAGCAAAGUGGUGAAAGACAGUGAUUAAAUCUGAUGUGUUUGUGCAGAUGAAAGCAAAAACAGCAACAAAGUAUCAAGGCCACAAGCAGAGAAACCGAGUAGAAGAAAAGAGUUAAAGCACUUUCAGUUGCUGGGCAACAAUAAGAUCUAUGAAAUGAUAAAAUUAGAAUUCCCCAUCAUGAAGAAAAUAAUUUGAAUAAUGAAAUAAGUUUGUAUUUACAUAAUCUAUGUGUUUGAUGAGCAGCUUCUGAACAGAAUGUUAAGUGACUGAAUGGUUCCCAAUGUACCGUCUGGAUCUGCAGCAGAGCAGCGUCAAUGUGAAAUAAAAGAAAAGCCAAUCAACCAAACUGCUGUCUCCACUUCUGCACAUACGUCUUUCUAAAUUAACACUCAAUACAGUUGUAAAUGUAGCAACAUUCGAACAAACUGGAGGUAUUUUUUUACCACAGUAGCAGAAAAAGUCCAUCCAAUUCAUUAAAUCUUUCAGAGAUAUUCACUGUCCCUGGAGGAUAUAACAUGUUGUGUAAAAGAAUUGGAAGAGGAACAAAAUUAAUCAACAUUUUUUUAGAUGUGGGUAUAGAUGUAAUCAGGGCUUUAAAUUAACUUUUUUGAUCACAAUCCCAGCAAGGCUAGUAGACUUUUGAAGUUACCAGCCAAUCAGAUUUUCAACAAGUCAUUUCAAAUUAAAAGCCCUUGUUUUCUUCUUUUCCCCUCCUAUUUCGCCUCCAUUGUCCCGUGUGUCUUCAGCAUUCCUCUUUUGCUCUUCUGGUUUUUUUUUACUCCAGGUAAAUAUCUCCACAGUUGUUUGUUAACUUAACUAAUACUAGUACUUUCCGCUCCUUUGUUUUGUUUUGCGCCAUCUUCUCUGUAUCAGCGUAACUCGCUUGUAAUCGAUACCAAGCACGCUAGGCACCUAGCUAAUGGUCGUAUGACACGUCACGACAAAGUGUUCAUGGGAAAUGUAUAAUUUGUUCUACGAGCAGUGUUGCCAGAAAAAGAAUAUGUUUCCCAGAAGAACACACACAAUGCCGCCCAAAUGUUGAGGCGGGAAACAGACCAAUCUGGCAACACUUUCAUCUCAUGAUUUCUGCAGUAAAUUAUAUCACUUGAUGUAUAGAAAACAUAGGCAAUUUAACUAAAUCAAUCUAAUAAAGCUACUAAACUAUCAAUUAGAUAUUAUAACAUUUUGAUUACCAUAUUAAUAUUUAGUAAUGGUUGUAGGAAUUUGAAGUUCUUUUCAUAGAAGAAGUUGGCAUCACUCAUUCCUUAGAUCUUCUAGUUUCAUAUGAUACCAGUAUCUCCAGUAUAUUCCUAAAAGUGAGCCCACUACAACGAAAAAAACUGACGCCCCAUCGGCUGUUGGAACACUAAAUAUUGAUACUUGGUGGCCAUGAAUCGAUAUAAUAUUGCCACACAUAAUAUCACAAUACUAUGCUACGAUUUUUAUAAUACGAUUUUGUCCCCCACCUCUAAGUAUAUGUAUAAAAGUCCAUUAAUGCUUCAUAGAUGGGCUCAGCCCCAGUGAGCAGGUGAACAUAAAUUUGAAGAUGUUGCUGGUUUACAUCAUUGCAGUUUUGUCCACCUUUAAACCUUCCUUAAAUCUUUACAGUGUUGCCAAAGAAAGAAAGAAAGAAAGAAAGAAAGAAAGAAAGAAAGAAAGAAAGAAAGAAAGAAAGAAAGAAAGAAAGAAAAAACAUACACAAAACCGCCCAAAUGUCUAGAAGGGAAACAGACCUUCCUGGCAACACUGACAUCUCAUCAUUUCUGCAGCCUGCUGACUCAAACAGAUGCAGUGUUAUUUUCUUCAUUCAUCACCAGCCAAAUAGGCUAGCAACUUUUCAAAUGUUACACAGGUUGGUGGGUGUGAUUUUAUAGCCCUGGAUGUGAUGUGCUGUGGAAAGCAAAAUGUCAAAUUACAGCUAAAACUCUUUUACAGUAGCAUGGUAUGGCUAAAAAGUUAUGUUCCAUGUUAGGUUUCUAUUGCAACAUUGUAAGGUGACAGGGACCUUAGAUAAAUAAACCAUAUUUAACCAGAUGAGCUUUAAACAACUAAAAAUGAAAACAUUAUAGAGGCUUCAACAGAAAACAAUUAAACCAAAAUUGUUUGUUUGCACAGAACUGUGAUAGAGUCAGUCUUCAACAGCUAACACCACUUUGUAUUUCACUUUAGCUGUGGCAGAGGCAGAGGGGGGAGCUGGUCGCACAUACACUAAAAAGGAAUCAAAUCGACUGGCCCGGCCAUGACAAGUGUACUAUCACUUUUCUAAGGGUUUCGGCAAACGGUUUUUAAAUUAUCUUGCAAAAACAUGCCAAAAAUUCUCUUCAAUGUUACCUAAGGCAGAGGCUAGAGUGGAUGACAUCAUCUCUAGAGUGCAGAGGGAGAGAAAAAUUUGUUCAAAAAUGUAUUUGAAAACUGCGCUUGAGGCCGCAAAUGCCACUAUACAGAAAUAAUUUAUACGUAGAAACGUAGCAAAAUUCAUCUUCUCACUCACAAUGGUAAAUGAAUGGUAAACAUACAAUGGUAAAGCUGUCAGAGUUAUAGUUUGGGCGUAGGAUGCACAGAUGCGCCACCAACACGCAUCCACAGCCUCAUAGACUGCCAUGGUAAAAAGGAGGGAAAAUUUCUGGAGGAAAGCAGAGGGACCAGUUUCUUCUGAUCGCUCUAAAAAAAAAAAAAAAUCUUAAUUUUACUCAUGUUUCAGAAAGACUCAAACCACAAAAAUUACUUUCCCCAAAAAAAGUUGUCAGUUAAAGAUGAAAUCUUUCCAUUCAUGUUUGCAAUAUAAUAUUGUUUAAAUAUGUGUUUAUGUGGAGUUAUAUACAAACUUCUGAUGAUAAUUAUUUUCUGUGACAGUUCAGACUUGCUGCAGGCGGUCUUUAUGACUUCAUUCUGUGACAGUGGUUGUUAUUAUAUGCGGUGAAGAGAUUUCAAUUGAUUUCACUCAUUAAAAUAACUUAACUUUCUGGCCGAGCAACAUUAAGGCUACAAAUUACCUACAAUGCAAUCCUUUUUGACCUUCCUCUCCUUCUAUCAGGCACUCUGUUGGAUCAUGAAUAUGUCUUAAAUAUACUAAUACAUACGGGCCAAUACAUGUUGCAAUCAUUAUAAAUCACCCUGUCCCUUCAAUCUCUAAUGGGCAAACUGCCAUGACAUUUCCAAGUCCCUUCGUGCUCCUGAGGGAGCAUCAAGUUCACUGUCAGUGUUACACAGCGAUAAGAUGAUCUGAAACACGACAUCCUGCUGAGUCACAGCGUCUGACUGUGUCGUCGGUGGUUGCUAUUAGUGGAAGCAGACGUCGGUCCGACCCAGAGCUGUAUGAAAGAGCUGCAUAUUUUUGCUUUUUGCUAGUGUGGUGUUCCAAAGCUAGUGAGAAGACAUGUACAGUACUGCUAGACUUUAGAUAGAUACCUUCUGUUUUUUGUUUUUGCUUUAAUCACAAUGUAACUUUUGCAGCUAAUUGCUCAUAAAGGGAGACAUCAGUUCUUGUUUUGUAGCAAAGAUACUUCUUGAUACUCUGCUGUGGUGGAUUAAAAUUUAAAAAAUGCAAUGUUUCUUUUGUCUGCUGAUGAUUUGCCUUAGUGUUCUCUGGUACUCUCCUACUGGCUACUGUAAACUGAAAUAUGUACAGAUUGUAUUUUUUUUUCUCUCUUGUUGUUCUUUUGGCUGUGGUCUCUGAAAAUGACAUGCUAAUAUCCUGAAUCCUUGUAUAUGUGUAAUUUGGAUUACAAAUUAAAAUGUUUUUGCAUGUUUUUAUCUUUUCA